UUUCCAUGCAAGUUUGCAGGAUGUGAUAAGGUCUUUGCACGAUUGUACAAUCUCAAGUCGCAUUCGAGGACGCAUACAGACGAGCGACCGUUUAUUUGUAGUGAAUGCAGCUUUGCUUUUGCACGUAAUCAUGAUCUGAAACGGCAUGUCAAGAUUCAUGGAGGCGAUAAAUCGUUUAUCUGUAACGGUUGUGGCAAGUCGUUUUCGCGCCUGGACGCACUCCGUCGUCAU